AGAAUGUAUUCUGACGUCAGGGAUUUCGAAAUAGUGUGUAUUUAAAACCCGUCUGUGAAAUUUAGGGAAACAUUGUGCAUUACUGCAAACACAACAGAACAAUUGGAUAACUGCGAGUAAAAAGAUUUCUUACAAAGAUCUAACGGGACCCGAUCAUGCAGUCCGAUAAACUCCAGUAUGGGAUGCAGUAUAACAAUAUUGAGAGUGGACAGUCGUACAACACUAUGUCACAGGGCGUAGUGGUAGCACAACCAGGUGCAGUUGUACCCACUGUUGUACCAGUAAUUCAGCACAGGAACUGGAUGGCCCACUCCAUCUUAGUGUGUAUCUUCUGUUUCUGGCCCACCGGAAUCCCUGCUAUCAUUUUUUCAAAGAAGGCCAAUGAUGCAGCACGGUUUGGGGAUGUUGCGGGUGCCACAGCCUAUGCAAAUAGUGCAAAGACAUUUGUCAUUAUUUCUCUCGUCGUUGGUAUCUGUUGGAUUGUCAUCACCGUCAUCGUCAGAGUUAUCCUCACAGUCCUCGUAUAUACCUAGAUAAUUUUGCGAGAUGAAAGUUGAUGUGAUACGAUCGACAUCAUGUCCUUUGUUAUGUGUUUGAAACUGUGAUACAUAUAUUGCCUUUGUACAGAGUGUUAUACGAUAUCUAGAUAUUGAUUUCGAUGUAUUUUUUUUUUAUCUUUGACAACUAUUUCACCCAAUAUUUGCGAUGUAAGUGUAUGAACAGUUUCAGCUGCACCUCCAUCGAUCGCCUGAUCGCUAAGUUACUGACGUGCCAUACUUUAUAUGUCUGUGUCAUUAGGACAACUACUCCCACAAGAACUGCACAAUGUUCAGAUUUCUAUUUAGAUACUAUAUAUAUAUAUAGAUCAAAGUUGAUGUGAUACGAUCGACAUCAUGUCCUUUGUGAAUAUAUUUUGUUUGGAGUUGGUCCAUUUUGUUAACUUCUUCAAACUUGUUGUUUACAUUAUCUUUCUCUCAAACUUUGUUCAUCUCUUACUUCGUUUACAUAGCUUAUUUUCCUUUAUUUAUUUAUUUAUUAUUUAUUUAUUUUUUUGUAUUUGUUACUUAUUAUUAUCUUUUAUAAAUUAUGCAUGGUUAAAAUAGAAUCUCUCUGGGUACGAGUUGGCUUUACUGUUUGUCAACGCAAUUGGGUUAACUCGUUCCACUUGAGAUUAAUUAAGUUUAUUGGUUUUCUUUUCGGACAUUUUGGAUCAGCUCUUUGGACGAAUAAGGCAUGUCCUAAUUCGCUCCACUUUUAACAUUGAUUGGCAAGCCUAAAGACCAAAAACAUGUAGUCUGCGUUGUAAAUACGUUUGUAGAUUAGUGUAGUUGUAGUGCUAGAUGUAUUUAUAUGUAGUUUUUGUUAUUAUGCUCUGUUGAUAUUGACAACAUUAUGUAAUUGUUUUCGUUUGUCCUGAAGAAGGGAGGGGUCGUCCCGAAAAUUUGACAAUCUCGUUGUUCGUGUCGUUGGUCAUUUUAGUGCUUUGUUGUGGAUCCGACACUUUGAGGUAUAUAUAUAUGUUAAUGAAUUGAGUUACUUACUAUAUGAAAGGAACUGACUUUCUUGACAAUUUAGUACACCACAAUGGACGACAUUUAGAUGGUUUAAUAAAUUUAUUCCAUAUUUGAUAAAUCAAUCUACACAGACAAUUGAUAAGAUGUCUACAAGGAUAUUUGAUAAAUUUAUUCCUACACAGAUAUUUCAUGAAUCCUACACAGAUAGUUCACGAUCUAGACUCGAAUACCGGAAGUAGAAUGGUCUUUGUUUCGUCUGUACUUCUGUAAAUACUAAUAUUUUGCCAUUAAACUUCUUCUUUCAUCCUUGAAGAAGAAACUGUAA